AUGGAUGCCACAGAAGAAGGAAGAUCAGAAGCUGUUUGCCAGAAAUUUACUCGAGUGAUUCUCAUGAAAUCUGUCAAGAAUGUCCAUGUUUUAACAGCGGCAGAGAAAGAACAACAACACAGUGAUGAGGAAGAGGAGGAUGAUGAUGAUGAGAAUAAUGGGGAUGAUGAAGAUGCAGAUUUCAUUCCUCCAGAUGCCGUUGGUGGUUCAUCUUUUGAUGGAGAUGAAGAAACAGUCUCAACAUCAAAAGAGCAGCUGAAGACCAAGAGUUUCUCCUGCACCACGUGUGGAAAAACACUGAGUUCAGAGGGUCAUUUAGCGAGACACGAGAGAACACACACAGAACAGAAAGACUUCAGCUGUAAGAUAUGCAACAUCAGCUUUCCUACCGCAGUAGAGAGGAGACUUCAUUCAAAAGAGCACAGCAUGAAGAAGGAGUUUCACUGUGCACAGUGCGGGAAAUUGUUUUUAAUUUAUUCUAAACUACAAGUUCACAUGAAUACACACCGUGAAAAGUCUUUCCACUGCAGCGAAUGCGACAAGUGUUUCAGCACCAAAGGAAGUCUUGAUGCUCAUAAGCGAAUCCACACGGGAGAAAGACCGUACAAGUGUCCUCACUGUGAGAAGACCUACAACCACAGAGCUCAUCUGAGGACACAUGUGCGUGUUCACACCAAUGAGAGGCCGUAUCAGUGCAGUGAAUGUGGGAAAACCUUUACAAACUCAGGCUCUCUAAAGUCACACCAGAAAAUCCACUCUGAUGAGAAACCGUUUCAGUGCAAAUACUGUUACAAACGAUUCCGUCAUAUUUCUAGUCUGAACAAUCACGAUAGGACUCACACCGGAGAGAAACCGUAUCUGUGCUCCUACUGCGGGAAGAGCUUUUCUAAUCGAGCUCAUUUUAAAGAACAUAAGCGAGUCCACACUGGAGAAAAACCAUAUCAAUGCAGCGUUUGUGGGAAGAGUUUCCGUAGGGGUGUUACUUUACAGAUGCACACAUUGAUUCAUACCGGAGAAAGACCGUUCAAAUGCUCACAGUGUGACAAGACGUUUGCUCGAUCAGACGUCCUGAAGGUCCAUCAGCGAGUUCAUACAGGAGAGAAACCUUACUCCUGCUCCAUCUGCGGCGAGAGAUUCGCUUAUUUAGGUAGUUUUCAGACCCACCAGAACAAACACGCUAAAGAACAAACAGCAGUUGCUUUCAUCAUUCAUGCCAUGUGAUAUAUGACAGUACACAUGAUUACAAUUUAAGACAUGCACAAUAUAAUAUACAACAGUUGAAUUGGAUUUCUGAACAGCGUUCAUAGUGUGGAUAUUUAGUCCAGCAUCACUGAGUGAUUUCACUGUUUAUGCAGUAUUACAGACCAGAGUGUGAGUAAUUUUUGUCAUAUACUUUGAAACUAUUUUCAUUUAUGGAGCAAAAGCAUGAACUAUUGGUUAAAGUC